AUGUCCGAAGAAGAGGGAUGGAUAAUGCAUGGAUCGGAAGCAGUACAGCAAGUGAUCGAACAUCAAACAGUUUCGAAACAAUUCACCGAAGCUAUACGCGUCAUGAAACUAGACCCUCAUGAACAUGUCGUUCAACAUUUCAAAAAUCUAACCAAAGACCCCGAAACAACCGCCGAAUUCCUAAAAGACCUGAAGUUUAACUCAAACUUUCCUGAAUAUCAAGCCAUUUUGGG